AAUGAAAGAAGAAACAUUGACAGCCCACACAAGUCAGCUCGUGAGAUUUGGCUUUCAAUAUUUUUGAAUUGUAAAAUUGGCACUUAAUUACAUUUGAAACAAAUCCAAUAUUUAAUUGAAGUUCAAUGAUUUAACAAGCAAUAAAUUUACCAAAGAAAUUGAAAUAAAAUGUAGUGUUAUAAAAGAAGCUUAAAAUUGUAUUGAUUUCAAAAUUGAAAUUGGUUAAGAAAAACCAUCACGCUUAAUAAAAUUUUACGCAAUUAAUCAAAUUGACUUAUAAAUAGUAAAAUGGUGGCAAUAAAAUUACUCAUUUUUAUCGUUAUCCUGGCAUCCUUGAUGUGUUCAGAUAUAGUAGAAGCAGCCGCUAAAAAGCAACGUCGUAAUGUUAAAAAUAAAAAAUCUACGCAGAAUGGAAAAUUGAAGGGUAAUUUGAAAGCGGCCCCCGCUUCAAAACCGAAUCAACGCAAUGGCAAAAUGAACUAUUACAAUACACAUUUUUGGCCUUCAACAUCUACAUAUUAUCGUCCUGCUACCAGUUCACCCUUAUUUUUGCGUUCGCCCUCAACAUCAUCCUCCUCAACUAUGUUUUAUCCUAUGCACUGGUCGAAUUCCUAUAUGAAUCCAUCCUCAUUUAUGUCUUCAAAUAGCUUAAGGCGUACCGAUGAAUUUCCUUCGUCUCCUAUCCAGUCUCAAGCUCAAUCAUCAAUGAUGUCAAUGCCGAGUUCAAGUAGCCCCAUAAUUUCAAUGGGUAAUUCUCAAAUACCUACACUCUAUGAUAUGAGUGCAUUUACGGGUAAUUCUGCCCUACUGGAACAUCCUUUUGGUAAUUCCAAUCAAAACUUAUGGUCGGUUGGUGAAACGGUAGCUCCGUCAUCGAAAUCUAAAUUGAAUCUAUUUAAUAGUUUUAAUUAUAAUGACGACGGUGGUCUAUUUAGCGGUUUUUUAAAUCAGUUCUUAAAAUAAAACAAAUAUUAUUUUAAAUAAAUC